GUGUUUCGCUGUGUCUGAACACUAGUGGUCUCCACGUUCUUUUUGCAAGAAUCACGCUCUACAGUUCGACCACAUUCCCUCUCUUUUUCAUCUUCCUUAACCAUGGCAUCCCACUAGCCUCUUUUUUUUUGUGCUCAAAUUCCUUCUUCUGAUUCCAAUUUAUAGCCUUUGUGUUUGCUGUCGAAGAAUUUUACUGUUUCUUUAUCUGGGCGUUGCUCUGUUUCUGUUCGCAGGUCCAUUUGCACACUCCAGAGUUGGUUUUUGGUUGAAAAUUUUCAGCUUUACGAUCUGGGUUUUCAAUUUCUAGGGUUGAUUGUUGAAGAUUUUGGAAUAUAGAUAUCAGGGAAUGUGUUUUAGCCCCCUUUUUCUGAAUUAGGGCUUUGUUCUGCAUCGCCGUUCGGGAUUCGGUGCAUUCAGAGUUCUUCCUGUUCAUAAGCUUGGAGACGAAGGAUGACGUCACCAAUUCUGGGGUUUGUUCAUCUUGUUGCGUCGGACAUGGAAGCAUAGCUCAGAGGAAACUUUUUUUCAGUUAGAUUCUUAGUACAGUUUCAGUGAGGAUGAGUUUGAUUCCUCCUACUCUGCCGCUUCUGUCUCCACCACCGUCGGCGGGUUCUUCUCCGCCGUCGAAUUCUUCAUCCACCGCUCCUCCGCCGUCGAAUAUUCAGCCAACCACUCCUUCCGCCCCGCCUCCGGCCACUCCCGCUGCCCCUCCUCCCUCCCCGCCGCUUCCGCCGCCGACUCCCUCUCCACCGCCGUCUCCUCCCGCCGUAUCCUCUCCUCCUCCUGCCAUUGCGGUCUCUCCUCCGCCUCCUCCGGUGGUGGUUUCUUCCCCUCCUCCCCAACCCUCCCCGUCGACUCCGGCGGCGACACCACCUGCUCCACCGCAAGAUAUCCCUCCUCCUCCUCCUCCGGCAGCCACACCUCCUCGUCCACCUCCGGCAGAGAAAUCCCCGCCGCCGAAACCCUCUCCGUCGCCUCCGGCGGCAACACCUCCUCGCUCCGACAGGCCUCCGGCGACAACUACAGCUCCUCCGCCGGCUUCCGUUCCGACAGAUCCUUCUCCUCCUGCUCCUCCUACUCCUUUACCUGAGAUUCCGAAGGAGAAACCCACCGCAAAACCGACCGACCGAGCCACGAAUGCAGGGAACAGGACAGAGUCCAGCUCUUCCCGCGGUUUUGACACCGGUGGCGCCGUGGCUGUCGGCGUAGUGGUCGGACUGGUAGUUCUCAGCCUUCUAGUGUUGGCCGUCUGGAUCUCUCGGAGGCGAAAGAGAAAGGACCCCGGAACUUUCAUAGGAUAUACUCUUCCUUCUUCUUAUUCUUCUCCUCAAGGCUCAGAUGUAGCGUUUUUCAAUCCCCAUUCAUCUCUUCCUAAAGCGAGAAGUCCAUCCGGUAGCGAUUACAUGUAUUCUCCUUCCGAGUCUGGUGUGAUUAGCAAUCCGAGAUCAUGGUUCUCUUAUGAUGAACUCGCUAAGGCUACCAAUGGGUUCUCGGAACGGAACCUUUUAGGUGAAGGAGGAUUCGGUUGUGUAUAUAAAGGCGUUCUUGGAGACGGAAGGGAAGUCGCCGUUAAACAGUUGAAGAUUGGCGGUAGUCAAGGAGAGCGGGAAUUCAGAGCCGAAGUCGAGAUCAUAACUCGAGUUCAUCACCGGCAUUUGGUUACACUCGUCGGCUAUUGUAUCUCGGAUCACCAGAGGUUGCUUGUUUAUGAUUAUGUGCCUAAUAACACCCUCCAUUACCAUCUCCACGCUGAAGGAAGGCCGGUUAUGGCUUGGGAAACUCGGGUAAAGGUUGCUGCUGGUGCAGCUCGUGGAAUCGCUUACCUACAUGAAGACUGUCAUCCUCGCAUUAUUCACCGUGAUAUUAAAUCGUCCAACAUACUUCUCGACAACAACUUUGAAGCCCGGGUUGCAGAUUUCGGGCUUGCGAAAAUAGCUCAGGAACUAGAUUCGAAUACGCAUGUCUCCACACGCGUAAUGGGAACUUUCGGGUAUAUGGCUCCGGAAUAUGCAACGAGCGGGAAGCUGACUGAGAAAUCCGACGUCUACUCCUUCGGUGUAGUUCUUCUGGAGCUCAUAACGGCUCGCAAGCCCGUCGAUGCGUCUCAGCCACUCGGCGAUGAAAGCCUUGUCGAAUGGGCUAGACCCUUGCUGACCGAGGCCAUCGAGCGCGAAGAUUUCGAAGAACUGGUCGACCCAAAGCUCGGAAACAACUACUUACCCGGAGAAAUGUUGAGGAUGAUCGAAGCCGCUGCAGCUUGCGUUCGCCACUCGGGUGCAAAAAGACCGAGAAUGAGUCAGGUAGUGAGAGCAUUGGAUACACUGGAAGAAGCGAAGGAAGACAUAACGAACGGGAUGAAACCGGGACAAAGCCAAGUGUUCGACUCCAGACAGCAGUCUGAGCAGAUAAGGAUGUUUCAGAGAAUGGCUUUCGGCAGUCAGGACUUUAGUUCCGAGUUUUUCGACAGAACUCAGUCGCAGAGUAGUUGGGGAAGCCGAGACCGUUCCCGUUUUCUGCCUUAGCUUUUCCUUGCGGGUAUAACUAAAAUAAUAUUAACUAUCGUCUAUUUUUUUGUAUUCUUUAUUAUUAUGGUAUAUGUUUUUAGUUAACAUAUCCACGACCACGACACAACCGAAUCCAUACAUAGUACAUACAAUGUAUUCUGUACUAAUUUUUUUACAAAACUUUUAAAAAAAUAUUUAAUA